UUCCCGUAGUUUUCCUGCCUGCAGCCCUUCCCUGGCGUCUCGGGCGUCCCGCGCCGGGUGACCCUCCGCCACGGGCUGUGCGGCCCCCGAAGCGCGGCGCCGGUCGCCCAGCUCCAGGACGAGGCCCACCGCGCCCGCCCGUCCCCUGCUGGCCCCUCCCGCCGCCCCUAACCGCCUCCCCGCGGCCCCGGGCCGGUCCCUCUGCCCCCCAGGCCGCCCCUGCGAGGCGCCUCCUCCCCGGACCGCGGUGCUGGAGGGGGACCGCGGGGCUCGAGCCCCGGAUUCCGCCGGCUGGUGAACGUGCUCUCCCGGUAGGCCGCGGCCGGUGCCGCCGCGCCCCUGGGCUCGCGGGCGACGGCGCUGGGGAGAAGCCGGGCCGGAGUGGCGGGGACAGAAGCGGGACGAGUGCGGAGGCCGGGAGGCUGCGGGAGAGCAGGCGCAGGGAGAGGACGGGCGAGCCCGGGAAGGAGCAGGCGGCGGAGCCGGGGCGGCCUAGAGGCCAGCGGGGCCUCCGGGUGGAGGGACGGUUGACCUUCAGGGAUGUGGCCGUCAGAUCUCCCAGGAGGAGUGGGACUGCCUGGACCCUGCUCAGCAGGCCUCGUACUGGGACGUGAUGCAGGAGAACUACAGGAACCUGGUGUCCCUGGUCUUAAAAAGGUCUACAGAGGAGACCCAAGAAAUGGCUGCGUGAGAAUGUGAGCUGCAAACUUCAGUAGAUUUCCUGAGGAGGGAAGUGGCUUUGUUGCAAGAGGCGCACGAGAACGCGAGCUGCAGCUUCUGUGGAUGCCCUGAGGAGGGAGCACGAGAGCGCCGGCAGCGCUGCCAGGUGUUCUGAAGGAGGAAGAGGCCAUCAAGGAAAAGGACAAACUCCUGAGGGAGGCACAGGCGGAGGCAGCACGAGAACGUCAGCUGCGCAGCAUUGAGCUGAAGCUAUAUAUUUAGAGCAUUCUUUCUACCCCCGGCACGGCCUACGCCCAGACUUCAUUUCCCAGCAUUCCUCCUCCUUCAGAAGCCUUAGGCCGGACGGGGUAUGAACCUGCAAUGGUUUAUGGGAAAUGUAGUCCAGCUGAGAAGGAGUUUGAAGUAACGGGACUUACAGACCCGAGCCAGCGACUGCGCAGGCGCAUUCUGCGGUCCGCGGACUGAGGGAAGGCCUGACCGCCCUGAGCCACCUCCGGGGACGCACAGGUCUCUUCGGUGUCCCUUAACCUGGGACGGGCCUUCAGUCUUUCUUUGACCUUCAUGACCUUGGCGAUUCUGAAGAUUAGGCCAUGGACCUGCAGGACGUUCCUCAGUUUGUGUUUGUCACACCUUCCUCCUGAUUAAAUGUAGGUUAUGCGCUUUGGGGAGGGAUGCCUCAGAAGGGACGCUGUAGCCUCAUCAGGUCAGAAGCCCUCGCUCUUGGUUUGCUCAUCACCGGUCACAUCAACCUUGACCACUUGGCUAAAGUGGUGUCCGCCAGGUCUCUCCACUCUGAAGUUGCCCUCUUCUUUUUGUAAUUGAUAAGGGACUUGUGCGGGGUGGGGGAGCGGGGGAAUAGGUAGGACUAUUUAAGACUCUAUUCCUCAUUUUCUUGUCAAAAUUUCACCCACUGGUUUCCACCUUCAGUUUCAGCGCAUGUUCCUACGUACCUGAGUGUACAUGCAGCUGUUAGCCAGGAACACACGUGAGGCUCUGAAUGGUUAUAUUUCUGGGCUCUGUUCAUUUCCCAUUGUGGCUAUCACAAAUUACCAUGACCUUGGUGGCUUCAAACAACACAAAUAUACUCUCUGACAGUUCUGGAGGCUAGACGUCUAAACAGGUUUCACUGGGCUGAAAUCAAGGUGUCAGCAGAGCUGUGCUCCACUUGGAGGCACUAGGGGAGAAUCGUUCUUUUGCCUCUUCCAGCUUCUGGAGGCGCCUGCUGAGGUGUGGCCCCUUCCUCCAGCUUCAAAGCCAGAGCCCAAUGUCUUCUCUCUCUGACUCUGCACCUCUUCUGUCACCUGGUCCUUUGCUCUGUCAGGUAGCUCUCUGCCUCCCUCUUAUACGGGCACUUGUGAUUGCAUUUAGGGCUCACCCAGGUAAUCUAGGAUCAUCUUCCCAUCUAAAGUGGCUUAAUUUAAUCACAUCACAGGUUCACGCCAGGGAUAUCUUUUGAAACCUUAUUGAGCUCACCAUGUGGCCUAUGUCUUGAUCUGUCUCCCCCACCUGGUGGGGAGGCCCUUGAACGUGGAGCUGCACCUCACUCAUCUCUGUCCCCAGAACCCCGAAUGGAGCCUGCCACUCCCAUGGGGCUCAGAGCAUAUUUGAUGAAUGAAUGGGAGUGACCAUGGUCUGAACACCAACUUUUCCUUGGCAGGAAUUUUUAAACUGUAUUUCAGCAGGUGUCAACCUUUCUUCAAACAACUCUUAAGCUUAGGAGUGGAUCCUUGAGCAGGAUUUGUAUGACAGAAAGAGCUCUGCAACGUGUGGUCCAUCCACAGGGGAAUAGUAUUCAGCCACGAAAAAGGAAUGAAGCCCUGAUCUGUGCUGUAACAUGGAUGAGCUGUGAACACAUGGUGCCAAGUGAAAGAGGCCAGACACAAAAGCCCAUAUUGUAGGGUGUAUACGAAAUGUUCAGAACAGUCCCUCCUGCAGCUCUGCGGACUCAAGCCUGGUCCUUUCUCCCAGGGGUGCAUGACCGGGAUCCAGCAAUGUCCACCAGGAUCCUGAUGGCCAAGGACCAGGAAGCAGUGACCUUCAAGGACGUGGCCGUGGACUUCACCCUGGAGGAGUGGGGCCAGCUGGGGCCUGGCCAGAGGGAGCUGUAUCGGGAUGUGAUGCUGGAGAACUACCAGAACCUUCUCUCACUGGGGGCAGGGCUUCCUGGGUUCAAGCCCGAUGUGAUCUCCAGCCUGGAAAGAGGUGAAGAGCCCAGGAUGGAGGAGAGAGAAGCCCAGCAAGUUACCUGUCCUGACUUGCAGACAAGCUCUACAACUACUCUGGAGACACUUCCCAAAAAGAGCAUUUCUGAAGAGGCAGCUUCCCCAAUGGGGACAAUGGGGGGAAUCUUAAGGGCAGUGCUUGGAAAUGUCAAACUGGGGGAAUCCUGGACAUGUGGCCUUCAGUCGGAGGACCUGGGAAAGCAGAAGAGGCAUCUGAGGUGUUUGUUUGCCGCUCCCUGGGAAAUUAUGUGUGGGGAGAGAGGCCCCGGCUGUAAUGAGCUUGGCAGAAGCCUCAGGCAGACAUCAGCCUUCAUCAGGAAGCAAAGGGUGCCUGGGGGAGAGAGUCCUCAGAAGUGGACUGGGCCACGAGAGAGUCUGAGACGCCAAAGAACCUGUGCAGAAAAGAAGCCAUUUAACUGCACAGAAUGUGGAAAAGCCUUCGCUUACCAUUCAGACUAUAUUCUGCACCAGAGAAUUCACACUGGAGAGAAACCCUACAAGUGUAAUGAUUGCGGGAAGGCGUUCAGCAACAGCUCCUACUUCAUUCAGCACCACAUCAUUCACACGGGCGAGAAGCCCUACACAUGCAACGAAUGUGGCAAGACCUUUACUCAGAGCUCAUCACUUACUGAGCACCAGAGGAUCCACACUGGGGAGAAACCAUACAAGUGCAAGGAGUGUGGGAAGGCCUUCACCCAGAGCUCCUCACUCAUUAAACAUCAACGAUGCCAUACUGGGGAGAAGCCCUAUAAAUGCAACCAGUGUGGGAAGUUCUACUCGCAGGUGUCCCACCUUACCCGUCACCAGAAAAUCCACACAGGGGAGAAGCCCUACAAAUGUGGUGAGUGUGGCAAGGCUUUCUGUCACACGUCCUCCCUGACUCAGCACCAGACAAUCCACACCGGAGAGAAGCCCUACAAAUGUAAUGAGUGUGGGAAGACCUUCAGCCACAGCUCGUCACUGACUCAGCAUCAGCGAGUUCACACGGGAGAAAAGCCCUAUGAGUGCCCUCUUUGUGGCAAGUCCUUCAGCCAUAGCUCAUCCCUGACUCAGCAUCAGAGGAUUCACACCGGCGAGAAGCCCUACCAGUGUAACCAGUGUGGGAAGGCAUAUACACAGAUCUCCCACCUCAUGAGGCACCAGAGCGUUCACAUGGGGGAGAAGCCCUAUGUGUGCAAUGAGUGUGGGAAGGCUUUCAGUCACACCUCAUCUUUCACACAACACCAGACCAUUCACACUGGUGAGAAGCCCUACAAAUGCAGUGAAUGUGGGAAGACCUUCAGCCAGAACUCUUCACUUACACGCCACCAAAGGAUUCACACCGGGGAGAAGCCCUAUGAGUGUAAAGUCUGUGGAAAGGCCUACACUCAGAUUUCCCACCUUAUCCAACACCAGAGGAUUCACACAGGAGAGAAACCUUAUGACUGCAGGGAGUGUGGAAAAGCCUUCAGCCGGAGCACCCACCUUAGCGAGCAUCAGAAAAUCCACACGGGUGAGAAACCCUAUAAGUGUAAGGAAUGUGGGAAAAUGUUCAGUCACAGCUCCUCCCUCACGCAACAUCAGAGAACUCACACUGGUGAGAAACCCUACACCUGUAAGGAGUGUGGGAAAGCCUUCAACCAAAUCAUUCACCUCGUUCAGCAUCAGAGAAUUCAUACCAGAGAGAAGCCCUACAAAUGUAGCAACUGUGGGAAGACCUACACCCAGAUUUCACAUCUUAUACAACAGCAGAAGGUUCACAUGAGUGGCAAACACUAUGUGUGUAAAGAAUGUGGACAAGAUUUCAGCUGGAAUUCACACCUGAUGGAACAUCAGAGACUUCACACUGCACACAGUGGCUUUGCCUGCAAUGGUUUUGGGAAAGCCUUUGCUUGGGGGGGCACAGCUUCCAGAUAUCAGAGAGUUCAUACUGACUAAAAAGCCUGAGAAUGUAACACACCGAUGCUUCUGCUUUGGGUUCCAUUCAGCCUUCACCAGCACUAAUAACUUCCUCCCAGAGAGGAACCUUAACACCAUAUGUUGAGAGAAUUGGUUUCUUUAUUUGCUGGAAGGAGGACAGCACAGUUUAUUACCAGCUGGGACAACUUCUGAUCAUUUUAGGAGCUUCCCCGUAAAAUCUCAGCUUCCCAGCCCCCAUUUCUUCAACCUUACAGUAUCCCCCAGGGGACAGCCUAAAUGGGAUGCAACUUCCUUCGGAUCUUUAAUAAGUCAUCUCUGAGCUUUUUUAAUGUAUUGAUCAUUCAUUAAGUUGGAGCCUGGAAAUUCAAGGAAAAAACACAGCUGGAAAGAUUAACCCCUUAAAAUAAUAGUCUCAAACAUAUGUAGCUGAACAUAAUGCUAGAUGAAGUGAAUUUCCUUUAAAAUUUUAAGUGACAAAUUUCACUGCAACAUCUGCCGCUGGCAUAAACACUGAAUGUGUUUCACAUAUUUACGCCCAUUUUUUACAUCUUGUUGUUUCUGUCUUUUUCACUUCCAGGAUUUAUGCUUUACAAAGCAAUUGCCCUAUUAAGCAUCACUUUUUGAUUUUAUUCAUGCCCAAAGGCAGGUUUUUCUUUCCUCAUUUUUUGAAACAUAGUAUCUAUUUUUUUAUUUAUAAAAAUAAUACACAUAUUUUAUAACAGGAAAAAAUUUUGAUUAAAAUUACAUAUGCUCACUGUAAAGGAUAAUUUGGAAAAUAUAGAGGAGUAUGAACUAAAAUACCAAUUCCCCAUAAUCCCACAGCCCAGAGAAACCCACUAGUCAGUUUUGGGUGAAUUUCUUUCUGGCUUUGUUUUCUUCCGUGUUCCAUAACCAUGUUUUUAAGUGUUGGCAAAUUUGGAUAAAAAAAACAAAAGCCAUAUGCUUAUCUACAACUUGGCCACCCUCAAAAGUCACAGUGUUUUGAUUUUUUUCAUAUUUCCUUCCAAAUAUCAUUUUUAUUUAUUUACAUUUUAUUAUUUCACAGAACUGGCCAAACUAAUUUCCUUACACAUUAUUCUAUUCAUUUUUAUAUAAUAAUAUAUCAGAUAAUCUAUUCUGAUUUAAAGUUAAAUUACCACACACUCUCCUGGGAUAUUUAUUUUAUCUGGUAAAAAUCUUUCAGUGCUUAAAAUGGGGGGAGGUUGCAUUGGAUAGCAUCUUAUCACCAAAGAAACACACUUCAACUAUAAAUGAAAUAUGUAUCCUUUCAUUCAAAUGCCUGAAUCCUUUUUUUAAAAUUCGAAUAAAGUUGAUAUAUAAUAUUAUACUGAUUUCAGAUGUACAACACAGUGACUUGGUAAUAUUACUAAAUGCUUGCCAUGGUAAAUGUAGACAAAUGUCAUUUUUAAAUAAAUGUUAUUUUUUAAAAUUGU